AUUGUAUCUCUUUAUAAGGAGGAAAGUAGAUCUUGAGUUGUAGUCCGCUCUCGAAUACAUUAUUUAAAAAAUACAUCAGUUUUGUGUGAAAAUGCACGACUGCAAGACUGAUAUUGCGUGAUAUUCGAUGAAAUAUCUGCAGCCUUUGUGAAUUGAAGGCGGAUACCGACGACAUUUUACGCGAUUAUGGUGUGAACUACAUGACAUGGCGGAGUAAUAACGAAUGCUCUCUUCGAUUUUCCCUCUUUUUUGAGAAAGUGCUCUGAGUUUUGGAAAUAUAGGAGGUUGAGCUAAACUGAACCUGGCUGAAAGGUCUCAGGGGCAGCGUCACGUUUGAAAGUUUGCUUUAGUGGUUUCAAACAGAUGACAAUUUUGCAAUGUCCGCAAUUUCGUUGUUUGUUUACCUUUUUGGUGGUUGGGUUUUAUGAACCGUGCUGUAAUUUUUACUGACCCGCGCUCCAGCAGUCGGCUGACGAUUUCAGGGACCGGGUCCUCUAACUAGAAUGCUACCAAGCCAGGCUGGAUCAGCACAAUCUGGAAACGGGUCAGCGUCUUUCAGGGAAAACACAGGUCACGGUUCUGGGGUGAUUGGGAUUCGCCCUGUGUUGGUCAGAGCAAGGCAAUCGAAAACUCGGGUCAGCGACAGCAUCAGUGCGGUGGGGAUGUUGGGAGGCAACGGUCCAGGAGUGGGUGCAAGAGGUGGGGCGAGACCAGGGAACGGGACGGGACCGACGAUUCCACAGACCGCUGCUCAGGGAGGCAUCGGUCUGAACAUGGGAAUUGGGGUUCGCGGAGGCAGCCGCUACGACCCGGACAAAGAGUGUGCGCCAAUGGGUUGCAGUGGGUCGGACGCUGAUUCAGACUCGGGGGAUGAAGACGAUCCGAUGGGUUCAAUCGGGGACAACAGAAGAAGUGUGAAGCGGGAGAGACUGGAGAUGGAGGCUGCGGUGACAGGGCAGGAGGCCGGGAUACCACCGGGGGGUUAUGGUGUGGUCCCCCAAGGUGUCGCUGGCGCAAAGCCAGGGAAGAAGACACGUGGGCGCGUGAAGAUAAAAAUGGAAUUCAUCGACAACAAGUUGAGGCGAUACACAACUUUUAGCAAGAGGAAGACUGGUAUAAUGAAGAAGGCCUAUGAGCUUUCCACGUUGACAGGAACCCAGGUCCUGCUACUGGUGGCCAGCGAGACGGGCCAUGUCUACACGUUUGCCACGCGGAAGCUCCAGCCCAUGAUCACCAGCGAGACGGGCAAGGCCCUCAUCCAGACGUGCCUCAAUUCUCCAGACUCACCUCCCCGCAAUGACCCCUCCACUGACCAGCGUAUGAGCGCCACAGGCUUCGAGGAGACGGACCUUACCUAUCAGGUGUCUGAGUCAGAGAGCCUUGGAGAGACCAAGGACCAGCUAAAGCCUGCGUUUACAGUGGCCAGCCUCCCGGGCACCACCAGUACCCACACACCUACGGCACCCACCACAUCCACCACCAUGCAGGUUAGCAGCGGGCCCUCCUUCCCCAUCACCAACUACCUGGCUCCCAUCUCCGCUAGCAGCAACGUCAACGGCACAGUCCUCAAGACCACCGGUGCCUCCGGAGGGCAGGUCAUGCAGCUGCCCAGCGGCUUUACCUUCAUGUCAGCAGGCACUUCUCUCCCUCCCGGCACCCCCACCAUUCCGCUCAGCCAGCUGCACCAGCACACCCUGGCCAUCCCGGGACAGCGGGGCCAGAAGCUCACUGCAUCACAACUGACACAGCAGGGCCAGCAGGCCGUCUUCCGAUUCCCCGCUGCAGUCUCCCUAGGGGGAGGGAUGACCCAGCAGCUGCAGGCCAUCCAGGUGCACCCCACCACACACACCAACAGCAGCAGCUCGGAGAUCUCCCAGACCUCGACUGUCUCCACUGCGACCAUUGUCACAUCGUCUGUGCCCACGUCCAUGGCGGGGCACAUGAUGUACACCAGCCCCCACACAGUGAUGUACGCGUCCAGCCCCUCGGCCAUGCAGGUGUCCCACGGACAGGGCCAGGACACAGGUGAGACCACGCUUGACUACAGUAGGCUACGCUGGGACACAGGUGCUGUCCCUCAGGUAUUCCUUACGGCACCCUCGGGCACCAUGCAGAUCCCUGUUUCUGCAGUGCAGCUACACCCAGUACGGCAAGACCUACAUUUUACAAAUGGUGAUUGGUCAGCAGUUGAGCAGCAGCAGCAGUAACCUGACAGAGCUGCAGGUGGUCAGCCUGGACACCACCCAGAACACUAAGAACGACUGACAGACACACUGAGGCCCAGACAUCUCUAUUUAUUGAUGCCUUCCAUCAGCAUUUCAUUUUACAGCUCUGUGGGUUGCAUUUACAUUACAAUUAUGUAUGUAUGCACACGCAUGGAAGGGUAUGUGUGUCGCUAAGCUUUGUAUGUGAGUAGAUGUUUGAAAAUACGUAUGUAUUCAUUCACUAAAGCAUAGAAAGGAAUUGAGAUAUUCACUAAAUCCUCCUUUUGGAAUACCUUGUCUAUAGUAUUAUUUUUUUGGGGGGGGGGUGGGGGUCUGUAAUUAUUUGUCAAGUGCACAUGAUGCAGGUGCUGCAGCUCCACACGUCAGCCAAAGAGACAUUUUUGUGUGUGUGUGUGUGUGUGUGUGUGUGUGUGUGCGCGUAAACGUGGGAUUUAUAAAUGGGAAGGGUAUGGUGGCUUUGGGGUUAAAGACAUUUGUAAAUGUACAUAAUUAUUUUUUAAUUGAAUCAAAUUGUAUUUUUUGCCUGUUUGUGCGAUGGCAUAUAGUUGUUUUGUAUAUGCAAGUAAUUUGCAUAUAGAAUAAAUUAAUUAUUUAUACACUAUGUACACCUGCUCUUUCAUGACAUACACUGACCAGGUGAAAGCUAUGAUCCCUUAUUGAUGUCACUUGUUAAAUCCACUCCAAUCAGUGUAGAUGAAGGUGAGGAGACAUGUUAAAGAAGGAUUUUAAGCCUUGAGACAAUUGAGACAUGGAUUGUGUAUGUGUGCCAUUGAGGGUGAAUGGGCAAGACUAAAGAUUUAAGUGCCUUUGAACGGGCUAUGGUAGUAGGUGGCAGGCGCACCAGUUUGUGUUAAGAACUGCUGGGUUUUUCACGCGCAACAGUUUUGCGUGUGUUUCAAUAAUAGUCCACCACCCAAAGGACAUCCAGCCAACUUGACCCAACUGUGGGAAGCAUUGGAGUCAACAAGGGCCAACUUCCCUGUGGAACGCUUCCAUGUAGAGUCCAUGACCUGAAAAAUUGAGGCUGUUCUGAGGGCUAUUUCUUAUAGUUGGCGAACUAGAUAAUGUAUUCUGAAGCGUAAAAUAUAUUCUGGUAAAAAUGUAUAAUUGAAUUAUUUAAAUUGAGUUAGCUGGAUAAGCGGAUCCUGCGUUGUGAAAUAUAAGCCAGCUUGUGCCAAACUGACUGACAAGGGUGACAUCUUUCUAGAAUGAAUCACAAUGACCUCUUCACACCUUGCCAGUCACAGUGCUGAAGGACUGCGUCUACUGGUGCCUGUAUGGCCAUGUAGGUUACUGAAAGUUAUUUUCGCUAGUCUGGGCAGUUGGUAGCAGGGCACUAGCAAGCUGUGUCGGUUAAGAAUAAUGCCAGGGUAAAACACUGAACUUAAUGGUUUUCUGCUAUUCUCAUUUAGCUGAAAUAAAAAGGGUAUUUUCUCUAGGUGUCAGUACUGUAUGAAGGGUUUGUUAGUCUCCUUAUAACCAUACCUGGAUUCAUGUAUUAUAUAUGCUUAAUUAUGCUAGGUGGGUGGGGUUUGCACUUUUGAGACUUUUAUAUUGGUUCCAUCACAACAGGCAGGCUCAAUCAAGCACAACUUAUGUAUAUGAACCCAGGUCUGCUUAUAACAUGGUUGAGCAAUCAACCAAAAAAUCUAUACAAUGUCAUAUUGCCUCUGAACCAUUUAAACAUGCUAUGUUUUCUUAGGAAUUUACAUGUAACUGUGUUCAUGAAGAAUAGUGAGGUUUUAAAGGGUACUUCAAAAAGUUAGUUAACCCAGUUAAUCCACUACAAGUUUUAAAGGAAGCCUUAUAUAACUUCAUAGUAUUUAUUUGGAGAAAUAAUGGUAUUUUACCCAGUUAGGACCCACUUUACCAAGGUGGAUUGGGGAUAGUGAGAGCACCAUUUUCUCUCUACCAACAGGGCCUCUUUUUCAUAGUUGUGGGUUUACGUUCUCAUGAAGGGAAUUGAAAUGCCUGUUUAUUCUGCAAACCAUCACGCAAGAGCCUUGGACCUUAGCUUUUACUGUACAUUAAACUCAUGUAUUUCUCCCAUCCCAGGAAAUUGUUUCUCCAGUCAGUGGAAUAUUUUUGUGUAUAUAUGGACAGAGCUGACAAUGUAUUGAGCAAGUUCAUGCAAUGCUUUUUUUUCCUUUGAAUUUGCAAUCAAAGGCCAAGAUUCAAGCCGAUCAUGUUUGUAGACAUUGCGUCUUUUAAAGGCAAUGUUGCGGAGAUCACGUUCAGAUUUCGACCGCUCAAUUGGAAAUUCUUUAAUGUCAAGGUUUUGGAUGGAAUCCCAGCCAAAGUCUUGUGGGUUAGAAGCUGACACUUGUUAUCUCAGAUUCUUCUAAUGGAUCUCAAAAAAAAAAAACUUUUAAAAAAGGAGAUAAUGGAAGUGCAGUCAUGGUAAAAAUAUUAAAUGGUUAUUUUGUGCAGUUUUGUUUUCGUACUUUUGAAUCUAAACGUCACCAUAUGUACAAAACUUUUGUAAUAAAAACUAAUUAAACCUUC